CCUGGGAAGUCCGCUGCUUUUGAAGGACUCCUGUUGCCUCGGCGUCUUUUCGCCGGUCUUCUCUUCCACACGUCCGGGAUCCUUCCUGAUGAUCUCAGACAUGGCAGAGCCGGGCAGCAGCUUGCCAGUGCGAACUCGCGCCCGCCUUGGACCGGUGCUGUCGGCGCUGCAGUUGGCGCGCCCGGGCGCACCGCUGAUGGCGCCGGACGUGUCCACGACAGGACCAUCCUCGCCCCCCCAAAGCACGGCGCGGCCGGGUUUGCCGCUGGCGUCUUCAGGGGUUUGCCGCCUGCACACGACGCUGGCCCUGUGCGGCGCGUGGUUGGGUCCCUCCUUGCCCUUGCGGAGCACGUCCUGCGCUGGACUUUUCACGCCGCCGUUGGCCAUUUCGCGGUGUGGGCCACCGAUGUUGACAGUGGAUGCGACGCUGCUGGAUUUCUCGCCCUCUUUGCGCGGCUUCAGCAGGACAGGAUCCUCGGCAUUGGUCUUGAACCUCGCCAGUGCCGAUCCAUUGCCUUUGCUCCGGCAACAUGCUCGAUGCGGAUCCGUCUUGCCAGUGGCAGGACUAAGUUGCUUGGACGCCCCCGUGCUGGCGUUGGACCUCCUGCAGCUGGAGUUCUUUCUGUCACCCAAGAGCUUUGCUCAACCAGGGCCCCCUCCAUUCGCCUCGGGCACGUGCCGCCCUGCGGCAUCAUCGCCGGCUGUUGGCUUCUGCCACUUUGGCAGCUCCCUGCCGCCCCACAAACUCGCGCGCCCCAACUCGCCGACGUCGGCCUUGGCAUCGUGUCGCCUGGGCUCCGUUUCGCCAGCGCCGAGCUUCGCCACCUCCGGUGCCUCCCCCUCGUCGCGGGCCUUCGCGCGCGCGGGCGCCGCAGUGUCGGCGCCGGACUCGGCGCACUGCGAGUUGUCUCCGCUGCUGCGGGCAUUUAGUCGCCCGGGCUCUGUGCUGCUGGCAGCUGGUGUCACAAGGACCGGCGUGCAGCCGGCUGUGUUGGAUGCUUUGCACCUGGGGGAUGCGCUGUCGACCAGGAGCUUCAGCAGGACAGGCUCGCUGGCGCCGGUCUCGGGGCUUGUGGACCUGGGCUCUUCCCUGCCUCCACGAAGUGUGCGAGUUGGAAGCUUGCUGCCGGUGCUGGGAGCCGUGCGACCUGGAAGCCUGAUGUCCACUUUGGAUUUUACAGCGGGCAGCUUCUUACCACUCCAGAGCUCCUCCUAGCCAGGGGCCUCACCACCGGUUUCAAACUCCGUUGCCGUGGAGCCCUCUCUGUCCCUCCGGAGCCUUGUGCAGGCGGGGCCUGCUCCCUCGACCUGUGACGCCUUCGCGGCAGGUUCAGCAGCCCCAGCCCGCAGGUCUGCUUGCACGGGUCCGGUCACUUUGGUUCUGGACUCGGCCACAGCGGGGCCCUUGGCAUUUUCGCGCGGCUCGGCAUGCACCGGAUUUUCCGUCACAGUGCUGUCGCUGGUCAACCUAGCCCCUUUGUUGCCCCCACACAGCUUGUUGUAUGCAGGUUCUGGGCCGUCUCCCUUCGAUGCCAUGCAGUUGGGACUGUUCGCUCUGCUGCGGUCUUUCAUGCGUCCAGGUGCACCAGUGUCGUUGUCAGGGGUGCAGCGCCUGGGUGAGUUGACGCUGGCUGCUGACCUGUGUCCUGUUGACUCAGCGCUGUUUCUGCAAUGCUCAGCCUGCACAGGUUCCCGCUUGUCACUGCCAGGUAAGUCGCAGAUGGGGGUGCCACCUUUAGUUUCAGACUAUGGAAGGUUUCGCUUGCUGGCUGUUCGCAGUUUGAUGCGUGUGGGCAGUUCUUUGUCAACUAGCGGAGUGGCACCGAUGGGUUUCCUGCCGUUGGUCCUGGACU